GCCUCUGCUGCUGCUUUACGAUUUUGAUCGCACAGGCAGAGGCGACCAGAGGUUGUCGGAAGGAUUUCCUACUCAGAGAGUGUAGAAGGCUGGACGAGCCUUAAAAAAACAUGGAGUGAAGCUUUAAUGAUUGGAGCUCCGCCAGAUUUAUUGCUGAAGAAGAAAAGCGCCGCCGUUCCUGGAUCCCGCCGCUGCUCGGCGGAGUUUGUGAGUAAAGAUGAGGAGGAUAACGGGAAAGACGAAAGAUGCGACUCUCAUAGAGAUGACCAACACGGCGGAUGCUCAUGUAGAAGAUGGUUAUGCGGUGUUGACAGGCUACAGGAAGACCUUUCUGUCAGACAACAAUGGUCUGCUCUCCAGCUCAGACAGGGGAACACCACUGCCAGGCCAUCAGGAGACUGAUAAGCUGGAGCAGAGCAAGGAUUCUGUGUACUUCCAGGAUGGCGUGCGUCGCAUUGAUUUUGUCCUGUCCUACGUCGAUGACAAGGAUGGAGACAAGAAAGCGGAGCGAAGAAGAGCAUUCGAGGCCAACCUUGAGAAAGCUGGUCUGAUGCUGGAGACUGAGGAUAAAUCGGAGUCGGAUGACCGGAAAACAUACUAUCUGAAGAUCCAUGCUCCCUGGGAGGUGCUGGCCACCUACGCAGAUGUACUGAAGAUCAAGGUGCCAUUCAAGCCCAGUGACAUUCCCAAAGGUCGGGAUGCCCCGCUACAGUGGCUCACGCGGCCUUUCCGGCUGCCUUCAGAAAUCAUGAAGCCUGACCCUGAUUACUUCACUGCGCCUUUCGACAAGAGCAAGGCUGACUUCUUCCUCAUUAAAGACAAGGAAACCUUCUUUCCACCCUCAACCCGUAACAGGAUUGUAUAUUACAUCCUCACACGCUGUUCGUACUAUAAGGAGGAUCGUAAAGAGAAAGACAAGACAGGAAUUAAGAGACUGCUGAGCAAUGGCACCUACACUUCUGCCUACCCUCUCCAUGACUGUCGCUAUUGGAAGAAAGCGAAGGAGACUCAGUGUGAGAGUGAGAGAUAUCACCUCUAUGAGCACUGGGCUCGCUUUCUCUGCUUCUACAAGGAGCAACCACUCAACCUUAUCAGGAAGUACUAUGGUGAGAAGAUUGGCAUCUACUUUGCUUGGCUGGGCUUCUACACAGAGAUGCUGUUCUUUGCUGCUGUGAUGGGCGUCAUCUGCUUCGUCUAUGGCCUGCUCAGCUAUGAUGAUAACAUCACUAGCAAGGAGAUCUGUAACCCAAAUAUUGGUGGGAAAAUCGUGAUGUGUCCUCUGUGUGAUAAGAAGUGCACAUACUGGAAGCUCAACUCAACAUGUCUUUCAUCCUGGCAAGCCCAUCUGUUUGACAAUGAAGGAACUGUGUUUUUUGCCAUUUUUAUGGGAAUCUGGGUGACUCUGUUUCUGGAAUUCUGGAAGCGAAGGCAGGCCAGGCUGGAGUAUGAGUGGGAUCUGGUGGAUUUUGAAGAGGAGCAGCAGCAGCUUCAGAUCAGACCUGAGUUCGAGUUGAAGUGCACAAGCAAGCGUCGCAACCGCAUCACACAGGAACUGGAGCCAUAUUUGCCCUUCACCAGCAAGUGUGCACGCUUCUCUGUGUCUGGAGCUAUAGUGCUAUUUUGGAUAUGUCUGAUCGUGGCCUGUGUCAUGGGAGUAAUAGCGUACAGGUUAGCAGUGUAUGCAGCCUUCGCCCGCCUCAUGAAGGACAGCCCCACCAGCAAGAUCCAGUUGGUGGGGUCCCUGAUCAACCCACAGCUGGCCACGUCUGUCACUGCAUCCUGUAUCAACUUUGUCAUCAUCCUCAUUCUCAACUUCCUUUAUGAGCAUGUGGCUAUCUGGAUCACAGACAUGGAGAUUCCUAAAACCCAUUUGGAGUAUGAGAACAAGCUGACCAUGAAAAUGUUCAUGUUUCAGUUUGUGAACUACUACUCCUCCUGCUUCUACGUCGCCUUCUUUAAAGGCAAGUUUGUGGGUUACCCAGGCAACUACACGUACAUGUUUGGGAGUCAACUAAGAAAUGAGGAGUGUGCUCCAGGGGGCUGCCUGAUAGAGCUUACCACUCAGCUGGUGAUUGUUAUGACAGGGAAGCAGCUGGUGGGGAACAUCCAGGAGGCCCUGCUACCAUUACUGAGGAACUGGUGGAUCAGCAGGAAAGGACGGAACCAUCCAGAUGGCCGGUACAGCCGAUGGGAGCAGGACCAUGACUUGCAAAACUUCAGCCAGUUUGGUCUCUUCUAUGAGUACUUGGAGAUGGUGAUCCAGUUUGGCUUCAUCACCCUGUUUGUGGCCUCAUUCCCUCUGGCUCCACUCCUUGCUCUCUUUAACAACAUACUGGAGGUCAGGGUGGACGCGUGGAAGUUUACCACACAAUUCCGCCGGCCUGUGGCAGCCAAGGCACGCAACAUUGGGGCCUGGAAAGACAUCCUAAAUGUGGUGGCUAUCUUGUCUGUCGUCACAAAUGCCUUCAUCAUGGCAUUCACCUCUGAUAUGAUCCCUCGCCUGGUCUAUCUAUAUGCUUACCACCCUGGUGAAAAGGCUACCAUGGAAGGCUACAUUAACAACAGCCUCUCAGUGUAUGAAAUCAACGAGCUACAUAUACAAAACAUAACAGACAUUGAGGAGCACCCUGCCUGGUUCAAUAGCAACAUCACAACAUGCAGAUAUCGAGACUACCGCUACCCUCCAGGCCAUGAGAGGCAAUACACACACACUAUGCAGUUCUGGCAUAUUCUUGCAGCCAAGAUGGCCUUCAUCAUCAUCAUGGAGCAUGUUGUGUUCGUGGUGAAGUUCUUCGUGGCGUGGCUGAUCCCUGACGUGCCGUCAGAAGUAAAGGCCCGGAUAAAGCGUGAACGCUACCUGGUGCAGGAAUACCUGCACACCUAUGAGGUGGAGAAGCUGAAGCUGCAAUUGAGCCAGAGCUUCUGCGUAACCACAGAGACGACCUCGCUGCUUCCCUCCAGCCCAGACAAGCAUGAAGUUCUGUCCGAAUGUAUCUAAUGAGCUCUGAGGCUUUGGGCCCACCCAGUCUACCCCUGCUUGGGUUGACAAGCAGAUCAAGAAGUUGUAGACAGUGAACCAUGUUGUACUGCAUGAAUAAGCAAAGAUCUAGCCUGGCCUCUCUUGGAACGCUACUUAACUCUGGAACAUCUCUGAGAGCAACACAGGAUCCUGCGGUUCUCCUGGUUUCUGUGCUUUACUUUCAUCCUCAGUGCACUUAUCUGACUCGUCUCUCCUAAGCAUGCAGUGAUCUAUGCUGACUUUUGUGGCAGGCAUGGUUUUUGGCAAAUGCCAUCAUUUGGACAGUACAUCCUUCUGAAUGAUGAAUGAAUCGAAUUGUUCAUUAUUUUGCCAUAUAAACCAACAGCGUUCAAAAGGAAAGUAUGAUCAUGUGACCUUUUAAAGACUCUUCAAAGACAAUUAAGCUUUUUUCAAUUUUUUUAUCUGCAGCUAUUUUGCAGUUUCCCUUUUCAGAAGAAGCAACCGAGAUGUCUUAGUGCAUUGUUCCAAUUGACUGAAUGGUAUUAGAGCAAGACAGAGGCUGCAUGACCUGUUUUAUCUUCGUUCUAGAGCUGAUUGAUUAGAAAGGUUCUGAGCAUGAGUGUAAGCUAUUUUUGGACAUCUGUUGGCUCAUCAACACUGCAACUCCUCUCUUUUUAACUACAGAGUCCUCUAGACCAUUGUUUCUUAACCCUGGUCCUGGAGACUCACUGCCAUACACCUUUUUAGUGUUCUCCCUGCUCGCAACACACCCGAUCCAAUUAUUCAGCUCAUAAACAGCCCAUUAUUGAGUUAAAGUGGCAGGAAAAGCACUAAAAUGUGCAGGGCAGUGGGCCUCCAGUAUUAAGGUUGAGAAACACUCACACUCUAGACCCUGAUUUCAGAUCAGCUUUACUUCAGUGGAAACCCGUCUAGAGAAACCUAAUGUCAGUCAAAACACUCCUGCCACAAUGGUGACACUGGAAGUGCGUGUUUUAUCAUAUUUGUCUUUGAACUGACUAUAGCAGUGAUCACCAACCCUGGUCCUGGAGAUCUGCCUUCGCCUGCGUAGUUAAUUUCCAACCAAGGCCUGCUUCGGCUGAUUAACAUCUUCAGAAGUCCUUGAUUGGCUGGAUCAGGUGCAUUAGUGUCAGGUAGGGCAUCAUAUAACCAGCAUAUUUACAUGGAGGUUAGAACUAAAUUCUCCAGGACCAGAGUUGGUGACCGCUGGACUACAGCAAGUCUAGCAUAUAAACUGUUUACCUUUUUUUUCUACAUAUUUUGUGCAUUUCAUCCCUCCAACAUCAGUGGAGUGUCCUAAUUUGUAACCUAUUGUGUGAAUCAUCUUUAAAUUUGCUUAUUGUUCAUUUCACCCCAGAAAAUGUCUGACAAAACCUAAUAUCAGAAAUAAAUCAAUGUUACAUGAAAUUAAUAGUUGUUGUCAACUGCACAUUAAAGUUGGCAAAUGCAAGCUUUAUGACACGACACCUAUUGGAAAAAGUGUUUAUAAAUGUUUAUGUAGGUUCGUCAGUUGUCAUGAAGGGCUUAUGCAGGUGUCAUGUAGUCCUUUUAACACUGCCUUACAGUGAAGUGCUACCAAUGAGGAUUACAGGAUAUUUGAUAUUGAUAUUGAUAUUUGAUCCUCAGGUGACAUAAAAGAGGCUGAGAAUGCAGCCUAACUUGGUUCAGGAAGUCUUAGUAAACUCAACAUUAUCUAUUGCACUACAUUCAGAUUGAACAGGAGAUACAGUACUGUGCAAAAGUCCAAGGCACUGAAGUAAAUUGUUUAAAAUUAUUUAUCUCUGCAGUAAGUAUAACAUUAGAAUAAGUGUGUAAGUUUUUUUGAACAAGUAGUUGACAACUUCCGAGUUGAUUAGAAGAACAAUGUUUGCUUCUAGAUUUCUCUUUAAUGCCCGCAGGCGUUGUAUAGAUUUGUUGUAUAUCGCUGUUGUCGGAACAAAACCUUGUCUCUCCAUUUUUGUUGUUUCGUCAGUUUUUGAUAUAAUCUGAAAAUGCCUGUUGUCAUUUACAUUGUGUGUACAUUUCAUGAUAAGUGGACCAAAAGAAAUGGCCCAGAAUUACUUGGGGGGAAAAAGUCUGGUUGCAUUGACUAACAUUAAAAGAAAAGUAUGUUUUUUCCCUCUCCUGUAAAGUUACCAUUUUGGAGAUACGAGGUUUUGUUUCGACAACAGCAAUAUUGAUUCUAAUAUAUGGUUUUACAAGCAAAUAAAUGCUUACUGCCCAAUCAAUUAGCUUUUCAAAUCUCACUUUCUCAUGUGCCAAAAACGUUUGUGCAAUACUGUAUAUACAGUCCUGGUAUAUACUCUGAAUCUUGUGAAUAACUUUUAUUUAUUGAAUAGCAAUUUAAUAUUGUUAUACCAGUCCAGUAUGAACAGAAAGCAUCAGGUCUUAAAGCAUUUCUGAACAUCAGGUCCAGAGGCAUUUGCAUUUUCCCCUCUCCCAGUCUAAAUCGUCUGAUCAUGUAGUAGUUUCUUGUUUAUUCAUUCUUCCGUAGUUUAGUUUUAGUUUUAUCUUAUGCACCCUCAGUCAAAUUACACGUUUAGUUGAUUUUUUUUAAAGUGAAAAAAGUACCAUGUCUCUCUACAGGGAACAAGCUGUACACAUUUUUGUGUGUGUAUAUAUAUAUAUAUAAACAAAAAGCAGGUGGGGCAGAUUGUGGUUCGAUUUACAGUGCACAGGAAGGUAGAUCUCCAGGACCAGGGUUGGUGACCGCUGCUGUAAAAGACGUGUUAACGUAUUUUCACUUAGAAAAUCAACAAAACGUCAUUUGACCUGUUUUUGCAUAUGACUGUACAGCAGAUCACCCAUCAGUCCAUGAUCUGUUCACAGGCCUUGGGGAGACUAGGGCAAACACUAAAGAGUCUGUGUUUUAGUAUUGUGCCUAUAAGACUGUAUUGUGUUUCAGUACAUUUCAUAAUCACUGAGUAUACUGUUAAGUUUGCCAUUUAUCUGUGAGAGACAAUAUCAGUUCCAAUAUAUUGGCAAUUUUUGCUCUGCUAGUUGCAUAUUUCUGUGUAUAUUAAAUGUAUCAUGUUUAUAUGAAUCUGUUAUUUUGUAUAUAUGGUAUGGCAGUCAUAUCUGUAUUGUUUUGAACAUAAGGUAUAUGUUCCUUUUGUAUUGUUGCUGAAGGGUGACUUAUCUGACUUUAAAAGAAUUUUCUUAA